AUUCACAACACAGUAUAAUUAAAACAUACAAACUGAAGGUCAAAGAUUCAUUAUUGAGCACACUGAUCCAAUAACAGAGUGUAACGCCAUGCCAGCAGAGGGAGCCGUCGCCCAAGUACUGACUCGUCUCCACUUCCUCUGCGCUCACUUCUUGUUUGCCCAGCAUAAAGCCAGAGCACAUGUUACACUUAUUGCGAAUUAUUGCCAGUUUCACUGCCUUACCAAGCGUUUCUCCCAUGUUUAUUCUGACUGCCAGCUGAGGCCCGUGAAGCUGAGGUCCACAUUAAUGUAAAGCCUUUCUGCGCCCUCCUUGAUACCGGCAGCGCGGUGAGUUUGGUAUGACCCAACAUCGUCGCUCCCAGGGUAGAAACAAAAUCCUACAUCCCCAUUUCCUGUGUGCAUGGAGAAACAUGACAAGUGCCCACCUGGAGGGGUGAACAUGUCUGCGGUUUCUGGUUCCUGGCCGAUUGAAGGUCGGGAUAUUAAAGGAUCUGCCAGUGCUGCUCAGAAGGCAUUAGCCAGGGUUUGACCGCCUCCUGUCCACACACAACCUGCCAGCCCCAAAGGGAGACACGACAAUGGAGGCCAGCUCGACGACCACAACAAUGCCCAACUCUACUGGUGAAGUGAAGCUUCUUUCUGAUGGACUGAAGAGUCCAAACUCAAAGCUGGAGAUUUUAAGAUUUUCCAUAUGUAAUCUCACUACACAGUCUUGUGAGAGUUUGUCUUCAGUUUUACAAUCCUCAAACUCUGUCCUGAGAGAACUGGACCUGAGUAGCAAUGACCUGCAGGAUUCAGGAGUGAAGCUGCUUUCUGAAGGACUGAAGAGUUUAAACUCCAAGCUGGAGACAAUGAGGUUGUCUGGCUGCAUGGUGACAGAGGAAGGCUGUAAUUAUUUGUCUUCAGCUCUGACUUCAAACCCCUCACACCUGAGAGAGCUGGAUCUGAGCUACAAUCAUCCUGGAGAUUCAGGAGUGAAGCUGCUCUCUGAAAAACUGGAGGAUCCAAACUGCUCACUGAAUAAACUCAACGUUGAUCAUGGAGGAGAAUCCAGGAUUACAACAGGACUGAAGAAAUAUGAGUGUUUUCUCACACUGGAUCCAAACACAGCACACACUAAACUCAGACUGUCUGAGGACAACAGAAGAGUAACAUUUGUGUUUGAGUCUCAGCCAUAUCCCUGAUCAUCCAGACAGAUUUAAAAUGUCUCAGGUGUUGUGUGGAGAGAGUGUGUGUGGACGCUGUUACUGGGAGACUGAGUGGAGUGGGUUUGUGGAUAUAUCGGUGUCAUAUAAGAACAUCAGCAGAAGGAGAGGUGAUGAGUGUGUGUUUGGACGUAAUGAUCAGUCCUGGAGUUUGAUCUGCUCUCGCUACAGUUACUCAUUCAUACACAAUAACAGAGAGACUAAUUUCUCUGUGAAGCCCAUCAUCAUCAGCAGAAGACCAGAAGUGUAUGGUAAUGAUAAUAUCUAUAGAACAGGAGUGUAUUUGGAUGAGAGCGCAGGGAUUCUGUCGUUCUACAGCGUCUCUGACACAAUGAGACUCAUCCACACAGUCCAGACCACAUUCACUCAGACACUCUGUCCUGGGUUUUAUCUUUUUUUUGGAUCAUCAGUGAAACUAUGUUGAUGAAUCAGAAGAGACUGAGCAGAGAUUCUACCCAUAAUGCUUUGAGCAUGAUUGAUGAAGAACAUGUAAUCAAUUUCUGUUAUUUUUGUAUAGAAAUAAAAAUACUAAAAAAAAUAAAGAUAAAUCGACUUGAUAUCAGAUUUUAAUCAAUGUUUGUAUCAUGAAUAUAACUGAUUUUUGACAAGA